CGCGGUCCGCGCCCAGCGCGCCGGGGCCGGAGCGGGCCGGGGUCGGGGCACCUGGCGGAUGCGCCGGCUGCGCGCGCCAGCGCAGCAGCCCGAGCAGCGGCCGCCGCCCGCGCGGCGGGGAUGCCCGGACGCCGGGCCCCGGGGCUGGGCCCCCGGCGGUAACCGGAGCGGGGGGGCCGCGCCCCCCCUCCUCCCCCCUCGCCGGUCCCAGAGCCGCAGCUGCUGCGCCCGCGCGCUCCUGGGGACAUUCUAACCGCCGCCGGUCCCGCCGCCUCUCGCCCCGCUAUUAAUACCGGCCGGCGGCCCGGGAGCGGGGCGCGGCGUGCGCAGCGCGGCCAUGGGGACGCUGCUGGCCUUGGUGGUCGGCGCGGCACUGGUGUCCUCAGCCCGGGGGGGCUGCGUGGAAGUGGACUCGGAGACUGAGGCCGUGUAUGGGAUGACCUUCAAAAUUCUGUGCAUCUCUUGCAAGCGGCGCAGUGAGACCAGCGCCGAGACCUUCACAGAGUGGACCUUCCGCCAGAAGGGCACAGAGGAGUUUGUGAAGAUCCUGCGUUAUGAGAACGAGGUGCUGCAGCUGGAGGAGGAUGAGCGUUUCGAGGGCCGUGUAGUGUGGAAUGGAAGCCGGGGCACCAAGGAUCUGCAGGACCUGUCCAUCUUCAUCACCAAUGUCACCUACAACCAUUCGGGUGACUACGAGUGCCACGUCUACCGCCUGCUGUUCUUCGAUAACUAUGAGCACAACACCAGCGUCGUCAAGAAGAUCCACCUUGAGGUGGUGGACAAAGGUGAGUUGGGCCCUGUCUGUCCCUUUGCCAGAUGGAGGGACAGAUGGCAGGUCAGGGACAGGCUGGCUCCAUGCCUGGGCUGGCCAGCAGCUCUCAGGAGUAGGGGAAGCGGGUUUCCUCCCAUUCCAGAUCUGCCCCCAUGGACACUGUGAGUGGAAAACCUGGCUUGUUACCUGUGCUCUGUCACCUCUGGCAGGCUCCUUUCUUGUCUCUGAGGCUCAGGGCUGUGCUGUGAGAGACCAGGAUGAUAAUGGCAUCUACCACCCGGGGUGUCAUUUUAGCCAUUCUUAUGUCUUGGGAGGUCAUGGGAACUGAGCACAAUGCUGGGUACCAGCUGCUGUCACAUGCCCGGCUC